UAAUGGGGAACUGGAGCGGAAAAAUCAUACACUGUGCAUUGACUGACCUUCUUACGAUAGACGUUUAUUGAGCGCCUUCAAUAUGCCAGGCACUGCCCUGGGUGCUGCUGCCCAAGCGAGAACGACCAAUGCGGCCCGACCCUGAUGGCCCAGAAACGGGUUUCUGAGGUCCGCCACGGCAUCCCCUACGCCUAACACGUCUCCCUGUUGUGGGAUCAUUGAGUGCGACCCUCAAAAAAGAAUUCUUGAGAUGAUCCGUGCAACUUAGUAAAUUUCUGCGGAUCGAACGGCGGAGAGGAGACAAACCGGUUUGCGCCCUCUGCUGUAGGGCUGCGGGGCAGGCCAGGCGGUAGCGCUGCAGGGAGAGAAGCGACCGGCGGAGCCAGUAGAAGGCGCUGUGGGAGCUGCCGGAGGGGCCCGGCGGAGGCGGGGUCAGAGGAGGGAGCGCGGCGGGGCGGGGCGGGGCGGGGCGCUCGUCUUCCCGCUAGCCGGGUACAUGGCGGCCCCGGGCGCGGGCACCGGGCCGGGAGCACCCCCGGGGCUGGAGGCGGCCCUGCAGAAGCUCGCGCUGCGGCGGAAGAAGGUGCUGAGCGCCGAGGAGAUGGAACUUUACGAGCUGGCGCAGGCGGCGGGUGGCGCCAUAGACCCCGACGUGUUCAAGAUCCUGGUGGACCUGCUGAAGCUGAACGUGGCGCCCCUCGCUGUCUUCCAGAUGCUCAAGUCCAUGUGUGCUGGGCAGAGGCUGGCGAGCGAGCCCCAGGACCCUGUGGCCGUGUCUCUGCCCACAUCGAGCGUCCCGGAGACCCGAGAGGCCUCCUUUCUCUCUGCCAAGAGCUGUAGUCCCCCUGCAAGGCCCUCCUUUUCCUCGGCCCCGCGGCCUGCGGCCUCUCCGGUUCUGCUCCACGGCCCAGCUGCCACGCACUCGCCUCUCUCUCCAGGGCCCCCCGGUUCCCUCCGGUUCUCUUGCUGCCUGUUCUCUCCUUUUGCAGGGAGAAACAAAGGCAGCACGGCUCUGGGUGGAGGCCCAGCACUGGCAGAACGUGGCGGCCGGGAAGGAUCCAGCCAAAGAAUGCCCCGACAACCCAGUGCUACCAGGCUGCCGAAGGGGGGCGGGCCGGGGAAGAGCCCCACUCGGAGCAGCACCUGAGACGGGCAGACUUCUCACGCCACCCAGCUGUGGGCUCCACCAGCCUCCUAGCAGAGGCUACGUGUGGUUUCCUCCGGUUGGUAAUAAAGCUUUGUGAAAAACC